UCGACACUUGCGAGACUUUCCGAGAAACAACAUGUCUGCGCCCAUGAUAGGUCAGAAUCGGGAAUGAAGAGUAAAGCAUUAUCUGCAAAACCUACGACCUAAUUUUGAAUACCAGCUGAAGCAGUAGGAGAAGAAAAGAAAAUGAGUCUAAGCAAGGAUAAAGGGGAUAAAAACCCACUGGAGAAGGCUCUUGCUGCAUAUAUUAAAGCCUUGCAGACAAAACCUAUAUUGACAAAAGCUAUCACAAGUGGAUGCAUUGCUUCGAUUGGAAGUUUGGUCUCUCAACUGAUUGUUCCUAAUCCAGCAACUGGUGGAAAAAUUGCAUGGAGGAGUGUUGCUGCUUAUGGAGCAUUUGGAUUUGUUGUGAGUGGUCCUUUAAUUCACCAGUUCUAUAUCCUGUUGGACAAAAUGAUGCCACCAAAAAAGGAAAAGGCCACAGCCCUUGAUGGCAUCAAGAGAGUCAUUGUGGAUAGACUGGUGUUUGCUCCACCCUUCCUGUUAUUGUUUUUGUAUGUCAUUACAAUUCUAGAGGGUCAAGGUCACCAGGCAGCCAUUGCUAGAAUCAAAGAGUCCUUCUGGCCAGUCUUGAAGUUGAAUAUACAGGUGUGGACAGUGUUUCAGUACAUCAACAUCAACUAUGUUCCACCAAAGUAUAGAGUAUUAUUUGGGAAUGUUCUGGCUCUGGUUUGGUCUGUAUUUGUGGCGUCUAAGAGAAGGAAGAUGGCCCUUGCUAGCCAGAAGUAACCAGUGUGUUUGAUGAGAAAAAACAGUACAAACGUUCACAUUCCAGCACCAUUAUGAACUGUCAUUAGUCAUAGUUGCCAAACCUUUGUUACUUAAUUUGUACAUGUAAUCUAUGUACAGUUUAGUAACAAAUACAUUAUUUUUUGAUACAAGUGAAAUCCCUAGAAUUAUGUAUGGCAUUUUUAUAUAAACAUUUACCACUUUUAAUUUCUGUGUAAUUUUGUAUAAUAUUAUCAUUUUACUCAGAUGUAUGAUUUGUUGAUUUAAUUGACUUAACAAAGACAGCUCUUGAUAUUUAUGACUUUUACCAAUCAUCUUUGUUUUACAUGGGGAUUUGAAUCCUACUGUCCCUGUUUUCUUAAAACCAUUAAAUGUACUACAAACAAUAAUAUAUGCAUCAUGUAGUAAGUUAAUUUAACUAUGUUAGUUUUUCUAUGAUUAUUUAAACCCACAAAAAAACUUUAAUUAGGAAAAUUAAAGGUACACAAUUAAGUACAUGUACUACUUUCUGAAUAUCAAUGAAGAUUUGAAUGUGUUUCAUUCGAUCUGAUGGAUAGAUAAAUGAAUCAGCCAAUGAUAAAUCUUAUAUAAUUUAUCCAACAAAUAUGGGAGAAAAUUACUAAUACAGAUACCAAUACUUGAUGUUUAAAACAUUUAUUUUUUGUGGCAUGAUAUCUUCCUUGUUACAACAAUAACAUCUACCAUUAACAAAAAUAUAGGUGUUUUAAUGUCAAGGGUCAGUGGAGACUGUACCAUUUGUCCCACUUUGAACAGCUCUAGCCUUUCACAGAAAAACACCUGUCUGUUGUUCUGUAAAAUGUUGGAGGUGUUCCAGAUGCCAUUUGUCCUUGUUCAGUAAAUUGUUACCGGUACCAUGCACUGAUAAACUUUUGUGAUAUUUGUUGUGUUAUUUUCUUACAAAUGGGAACACAUUUUGUAUUAUAUUUAGUUAAAAGUUGUUCCAGUUACUUCAAACUGGUGAAUAUUAUAUAGUUAGUAUAUAUGUAUUAUAAUGAUAACAAUGUACAUUUUUGAUUACUGCAAUAUGUUCAAAGAAAUCAAUAUCACAGGCGAUAUAUACUAAAGUAUUGAUACUAUAAAUAAAUGCAUUCUUAUUUUU